UAAAAUGUGUUUGACAAAUAAGUUAUUAAUUUUUAUAUUAUGUACCAUGUGAAGUUAAGAUUCAGAGCCGAUAUGUUUCCGAAAAAAAAAAAAUAGAAAAAGCCGAAAUGAAAAUGACACCUAAGAACUCUACAAUUUUAUUUUAUGUUUAAUAACGAACUCUUUGUCAGUGAUUAAGGUUGUGGUAAGUAAGCAUUACAUAUAGGCAUCCCAGUAUUUGUAUAAGUAUAUACCAAUAUAAUAUAAUAUAAUAUAAUGCAUCAAAACUCUUGUUAUCAUCGGAAUAUAUUCUAUUUUAUAAGUAAACAAUUUUAUUUUGUGUUUUGUGUCUCCCCUGGGUCACAUUCUGUCCCCUUAUAUCUUGUAAAACAUUACAUUAUAACAAUAAUGUUAAUUCAAUUACAUAAAAAUAAAUAUAAUUAAAUUUGAGGAUGGGGAUCAUGGCUGGAUACAGGUGUUCUGUAGUCUAGUCUCGUCACAUACGGCAUGGUAAGUUGUGAAACAUGAAUAUUAACACCAACAAUGCGACACACCUCUCUACAUUUCAAAGUGGGAUAUUCUUGUGGAAUAUCUCUUUAUUCCAACUGUUACUUUUCGUAAUCUCCACACUACCUACCUUAUCCCUUAAUGAACAAACCUUAAUCUAAUACUAAUAAUAUAAACAUAAAAUAAUUGUUGUAAUUUGCAUGGUUAUAUCUAUAAAAAGCCAGCUGGUCUUAUAUAUAAUUCGAAAGUAGCUAGGACUGAGGUCAUUCCUUCACUUCACUUAAACGAUAUGAAUUACGAGAACUACGACCCUUAUUUUCCUGACCAACCUGUCGUCGAUCUUUACCUCCCAAUAUGGGCCAACCUCCCAGCUUUUCGGUCCAAACCUGCCUUUACUUGGGUUGAUCAGGAUGGUCCACCCAAUGGUCCUCCAACGACGUCGUUUCUCACUUACUAUCAACUCAAUGACUCUGUCCAAUCAAUCUCUUCCCAACUCCUCCUGGUUCCGUUACAAAGAGGCGAAACCGUCGUCGUUUUAUGCUCCCCAGGGCUGGAACUCGUGGAAAUCAUAUUCGGUUGCCAAAGAGCUGGCCUUUUGACCGUACCCAUUUCUCCACCAGACCCAACUUCAGACAACUGCCACCAUCUUAUAAGAGUCUUAUCCCAAACCAAUCCCAAAGCAGCAAUAGCUCACCAAACUUACAUAACCGAAGUUCACCAAUUCAUGACCUCUUCCUCCUCGGCCACUUCAAAACUUGCAAGCUUGUUAAAAAAACUAAAGUGGAUCUCAACUCAACAUGUCAAGCAGUACUCCAAAACGACAUCUUUGAAGUUAUUCGAUUCUGGUUUGUCGUAUAAAGGGUGUAAUGCGGAAGAUGUGUAUUUGGUUCAGUACACUUCAGGUACAACUGGGAUACCAAAACCAGUUCUGGUCAAGGCUGGUUCGGCAGCUCACAACGUUAGGACGGCUAGAAGAGCUUAUGAUCUUCAUCCCAACAGUGUCAUCGUCUCGUGGUUGCCUCAGUACCAUGAUUGUGGCCUUAUGUUUUUGUUGUUAACCAUAGUCUCGGGUGCGACUUGCGUUUUGACGUCACCCAUGUCGUUUGUCAAAAGGCCAAAGCUUUGGCUUGAUCUUAUAUCUCAUUUUAAAGCCACUUGUACUCCAGUUCCAUCUUUCGCUUUGCCACUUGUCAUCAAACGUGGAAUUAAUAAUAUAGAGAAAGGUCAACGAUGUCCAAUAAUAAUUAACCUAAGUAGCUUGAGAAACUUGAUCAUCAUAAACGAGCCAAUUUACAAGUCAACCGUAGAAGAGUUUGUCAACAUGUUUAGGCCUUUUGGUUUAAACCCUUGUUCUAUUUCUCCAUCUUAUGGCUUAGCCGAGAAUUGCACCUUUGUAUCAACUUCAUGGGAACCAUCAUCAUCCAACUAUCCAACUCACAACAACCUCUUGCCAAGCGCAAAACUCGCUCCACUCCAGGAAUCCAAUAAUUAUGAAGAACUCGAAGACAUGGAAAUUGUAAUCGUAAAUGAAGAAACAUUGGAGCCAGUUGAGGACGGAACAGAAGGAGAAAUUCUUGUAUCUUCGCCGAGCAACGCCUCCGGUUACCUCGGCCACCCGUCUUUAACACAUGAGGUGUUUCAUGGGAGACUGAGGAAUAAGUUAGGCCGGUGUUUUGUCCGAACCGGCGAUAGAGGUGUUGUCAAAGAAAAAGAGAGGUUUCUCUUCGUCACCGGUCGAUGUCUUGACGUUAUCAGAUUAAGAAAUGGCAUUAAUAAUAAGGAAAUCCAUCCACAUUAUAUAGAAAAUUCGGCUUACAAAACUUGUACUAAGUUUCUUAGAGGAGGUUGCUUAGCUGCUUUUAAAGUUGGAGAAGUUAUAACUGUUGUGGGAGAGGUGUUAAUAACGAGGGAAAGUGAUGAUGAUCAAAAGGAGAUUAGUAGUAAUAUUUUGAUAAAAAUAUGUGAAGGGGUUAGGGAAGGUGUAAUGAAAGAAAAUGAGGGUAUUGAAGUUGGUUUGGUGGUACUAGUAAAGAGUGGAUGUGUACCUAAAACUACUUCGGGAAAAGUACAAAGGUGGUUGGCUAAGCAAAAACUCAUUGGUGGUGGAAUGAGCGUAGUAAUGGAGAUGCCGUUUGGCCGAGGAGCAAAAGAAGAAGGAAUACUAGAGGGAAAGGGAUCAAUAUUGGUGAAGGAAAGUUGGGACGAUGAAACUUCUUAUCUUUCUUUGUUGUCAACUUCUUCAAAUCGUCCAUUUUUGAUGUCUCUUUUGUGACAUGAACCUUUUUUUUUGGGAAGUUACGACAUGGUUGGUUAUGAUAAUCAUCUUGAUUAUGAUAAUAUUAUUGUUGAUUUGGCUUGAUGUGUACUGUAUAUUUCUGGAUUUGGUCUAAAUAAUACAUAAA